UAAAUGUUUCUCAGCAAGAUUAUAAUAGCAAGUAGCAACGAAAGUUUCGUCUUUCAUGCUUGCCUGUGGUUCAUAUAACACUGAUUGUUAUAAACGGUUUCAAAGUCGUGACGCUGCUUUAUUUUAAUCAGAGCGUCGUUCGGCACGGGCUUAUCGAUAUUGUGGGACGACGGCAAGCUAUGAAGCACGGAAGUGGGAACAUGCUCUGGCUCUUGUAUGUGGGACGGCAUUAAACAUUUUAUGAUACACCAGUUCGGGUCGUAUUCCUUGUUUUACGAUUAUCAGUAAGCGUCACAAGCUCACAGUGUUCGCUUGCGGAUAGAUCUAGAAUCAUGAGAGAAUUCAUACAGUAUUUUUGCUUAUUAACUCUGAUAGUUCAAUACAAUGAAGCUUCAAGUAACGUGAAAGUGCUAACAGUAGCAACAGAAGACAAUCAUGGUCUCGAGAGGUACCUGAGAUCAGCUAAGGUGUAUGGAAUUGACGUAGAAGUGUUGGGAAAAGGAUCAAAAUGGUCCGGUGGGGACAUGAACUACGAAGGUGGAGGCCAGAAGGUGAAUCUACUGAAGGAGAAACUUGAUCAGCUGGACAAAGAUGAUAAAGAUCAGAUAGUUCUAUUUACAGACAGCUAUGAUGUGAUGUUUCUGGCUAGUGUUGAGGACAUAGUAGAGAGGUUUAAGAAGUUCAAAGCCCGUGUGGUGUUCAGUGCUGAGCCGUUCUGCUGGCCUGAUGCUAAGCUUGCAACGCAGUACCCCAACGAGAAAGUAUCUAAUCCAUAUCUCAACUCUGGUGGAUUUAUUGGUUACCUGCCAGAGCUGCUGGAGAUAGUGAACUACAAGCCCAUCAAAGACAAGGAUGAUGACCAGCUAUUCUACACGAAGGUAUACCUUGAUAAGGACAUGAGGGAAUCUCUCAAGAUUGUCCUGGAUCAUAAUGCGGAGAUAUUCCAGAAUCUGAACGGCGUUUUAUCCGACGUCCAACUGAACGUGAACACGACAGAGGAAUGGCCGUACAUCGAAAAUACUGUGACCAAGGAGCGCCCCCUGAUCGUUCAUGGCAAUGGACCAGCGAAGGCCACACUCAACUACCUCUCCAACUACCUCGCCCAGGCCUGGUCCAUCAAGAAUGGAUGCACCAUGUGCGCGGAGAAGAAGAUUAAACUGGAGGACGACAACCUACCAAUCGUUAUGAUGGCAGUAUUCAUCGAACAACCGACACCCUUUAUGGAAGACUUUCUGCUCCAACUCCUGGAAAUCGACUACCCCAAGUCCAAAAUCCACCUUCUCCUGAGGAACAACGUGCAAUACCAUGAGGACGAAGUGGAAAAGUUCUUCCAAGCGCAUAUGAAGGAGUACGCGACGGCCAAACGCAUAAAACCCAGUGACUUCAUCCCUGAAUCUGAAGCGAGAGGCAUUGCCAAGGACCGAUGCGCGAGCAGCGCUUGCGACUAUCUCUUCUCUAUAGACAGUCUCUCUCGUGUAGAGAGCGGGACCCUCCGAUAUUUAAUGUCCUCCGGCUACGACGUCAUCGCGCCGCUGCUGGCGAGACCUGGCCAGGCCUGGUCUAACUUCUGGGGUGCUAUCAACUCGGCUGGGUUCUACGCGAGAUCACCGGACUACAUGGAUAUCGUGUAUAACAAAAUAUUGGGCAUCUGGAAUAUUCCAUUCAUCACCAACUGCUACCUGAUCAAGGCUUCCGUGCUCCGCGCCGAAGCGGCUAAAUCCAUCACCUACUCCAAGCCAGACAUGGACCCAGAUAUGGCUUUCUGUGCGAGCCUCAGAGAUAUUGGUAUGUUCAUGCACGUGAGCAACGAGUUCCACUACGGGCACCUGGUUAACCCUGAGACCUUCGACAUCAGCCGCACCAACCCCGACAUCUACCAGGUGUUCGACAACAAGCUCGAGUGGGAGAGGCGCUACCUCAACCCCCUGUAUCUGGAGAACUUUGAAGAGGGGAAGAAGCAUGCCAUGCCGUGUCCCGACGUGUACUGGUUCCCGCUGGUGUCGAUGCGGUUCUGCAACGAGUGGAUCGAAGUUAUGGAGGCGUUUGGCAAGUGGAGCGAUGGAUCUAACAAUGACAAGCGUCUAGAGAGCGGCUACGAGGCGGUCCCAACUCGCGACAUCCACAUGAACCAAGUCGGUCUGGAACGUCAAUGGCUGCAUAUACUGAAGGAGUACGUGAGGCCGCUGCAAGAGAUGGUGUUCACUGGAUAUUACCAUAACCCACCCGUGUCCGUAAUGAACUUCGUAGUUCGCUACCGACCUGACGAACAGCCGUCGUUGAGGCCUCACCACGACUCUUCAACAUACACCAUCAAUCUGGCACUCAAUACGCCGCACGUGGACUACGAAGGCGGUGGUUGCCGUUUCAUCCGCUACAACUGUUCUGUCCGCGACACUAAGCCAGGCUGGUUGCUGAUGCACCCCGGCAGGCUAACUCACUUCCACGAGGGCAUGCUGGUAACCAAAGGAACCAGGUAUAUCAUGAUCUCCUUUGUGGAUCCGUAAGUAAUGUAACAAUAUGCUCAGCCAUCUUGGGUUACGAUGGAAUUGACAGAUAUGUUGAUUGCUGAGCGCCUAUAUAAGUAGUUAAAGGCUAAAAGUGUACACUCGAUUUCUUAAUUAGGUUUCUGAGGAAACCUGAAUGUUUACAUACAAAAUGUUUAAGAUGACGCACACGUUCUUACAAAUUGUAAGGAAACUAAACGGAGAACGCCGAAAAAGCGACAAAUAAGCAUCAGGCGUUUGUCAGUGGAUAUUGCACAAUAUGUGCUGUCAGUAUUAACAAUUUUUGUUAGACAGUAGAAUAAAUAUUGUGUAACAUCUGUCAAACGCGUGUUGCGUUCCUGUCGCAAGAUACAUAUUAUAAACACUCAGCCGAUUACAUGGAACUCCGGAUCCGAACUUCUGAUGCAACCUCAUUAGGAAACCGUAGCGUACUCGUCAGGCCUAAAAUUGUAUGUUUUUAGAUUUAGCGUUAGUUGUUUACUAUGCAGUAGAACUCUUAUAGAUUUUUUAUAUUACUUAACUAAUAUAAGCAUGGACUUAGAUCUUGAUACGUGUUUUGUAGCGUAAUACAAAUACUAUGAAUAAAAUACAAUACUUCAUUUCGUUUUUAUGACAGUAUCUUAGCAUUAAAAAAUUCAGUAGACACCAAUGUUUAAGUUAAAAUUCAGUAGUACCAAUUAAGCGUUGAUUUGUAGCUGAUAAGUGAUUUGAAGUGAGAACUUGUUCUGAAAGUAU